AUUGUCCCAUCUGACGAAGUGCCGUGAACUGGUCCGAACACAGAAACCAAACAAAUCAUGGCGUUCACUAUUUUUGCAGUUUCGGCAUGUCUAUUAUUGGUGGUCACCAACGUCACAUCUAUCUCCGUACCAUCGUACCCAUCGCCAUCGAGCCCAUCAGCUCCAUCGGCUCCAUCGGCUCCAUCGGCUCCAUCAUACUCGCCAGCUCCAUCAUACAGCCCAGCACCAUUAUAUAGCCCAGCUCCAUCAUACAGCCCCGCUCCAGCCUACAAACCAGCUCCAUCGUAUAGCCCAGCUCCGUCGUACAGCCCUGCCCCAGCGUACAAACCAGCCCCAGCAUACAAGCCAGCCCCAUCAUACAAACCCUCACCUUCUUACUCUGCCCCAUCUUACUCUGCCCCGUCUUACUCUGCCCCAUCUUACUCUGCCCCGUCUUACUCAGCUCCAUCUUACUCAGCACCGUCUUACUCCGCGCCGUCUUACGCUGCACCAGCAUACUCCGCACCGGCACCGUACAAAUCGCAAGAACCUGAGUACCCAGCCAAGCCAUACAGCUUUGACUACUCUGUCAACGACUAUCAAACCGGCGAUGUCAAAAGCCAAGCCGAGUACAGUGAUGGCAAGAACGUGAAAGGUUACUACAGCCUAAUCGAGGCCGACGGAACCAAAAGGAUCGUUGAAUAUACCGCUGACGAAUACGGUUUCAACGCCGUCGUCAAGAAGGAAGGAACUCCAUCGUACGCCCCCGCCGCUCCAGCUUACAAGGCCCCAGCUUAUCCAACGGCCCCGGCUUACCGAGCGGCCCCGGCUUACCCAGCGGUCCCGGCUUACCCAGCGGCCCCGGCUUACCCAGCGGCCCCGGCUUACCCAGCGGCCCCGGCUUACCCAGCGGCCCCGGCUUACUCAGCGGCACCGGCUUACCCAGCAGCCUCCGCUUACUCGACCCCCGCCUACUAACGAGUCCCUCACUAUGACUGUUCCCUUAUAACUACGUAUACGUUGCCUAAAAUAAAUGGCAAACGAUCAAAUAAUAAUAAUAAUAAUAAUAUAUAAUUUUAAUAUGUACGACUUUAAUAGUAUGGACUUGUACCAUCAUUGUUACAUAGUUUUGUACAGCACGUAGGCACAACUGUUUUACGAGCUAGUAACAAAAUAAUUAUUAUUAUUAUUAUCAUUUAUUUAUUGUAUAAGUCUUCCUUAUUUUUUUUUUAUUUUUAUGGUUUACAAACUAUUUAUUUGUUACUUCUGUUUUUUUUCUACUCUAAUAAAUAUUAUAGAAAAAUAA